AUGAUUCUCUAAAAAAAGUAAUUAGAUCAUCCUAGUGAGGUAUGUGAUGAAAAUAAAUCAUUUUGGAAUAAAGAAUCAAAUAAAGAAGAUAAAUGUAAUAAGAUUUAAUAACAGUAAGUAAUCUUGAUUGCACCUUCCAAAUCUUAAAGUAAAAAACCUUAAGUUUUAUAAUGUGAUACAUAUUAGUGUGUAAUGAUAUCUAAAGUGGAAUCUAAGCCAGUUUUGGGAAGUUGUCUUAUCUGCUUUUGCUCCUUUUUUUUUCGUUUUUUUACAUUUUUGUAUGAUAAUAUUAAGUUUAUGAUAAAUAAGUACUACAAAGAUGCUCAACAUUAUUGUUAAUCCUGUCAAAAUAAAUUAGGUACAUAUUAUUUUAUUUUUGAAUGA